UGGUUCAAGUGCGUUCCGUGUAGGCUCAAGUGUGCCAGUGGGAUGGAUCGCGUAGUUACCAGCACAUCGACUGCAAGCAGCCAAGUGCAGCCAUGGCGGGCUUCAUGCGCAACGCCAGCCAGUUCAAGUGGUAUCACUGGGUCGGCGGUAUAACCACGGGCGUCGCUUCUAACGCCCUGAUCAUGGCAGGCAUGGGGAAGACCUACCGCUGGUACUACGCCGACAGCGAGAAGAGCGCCAAGGACUUCCGGGCGCGUUACGGUAUGCCCACGGAGGCCCAGAGGCUCGAGGUCUUCUCCUGGCUGGCCCCCUCGUGGGACUCCACCAUCGGCGAGGUGGAGAGGGGCAGCGCCGCAGAGCGGGGCCGCAACGAGCACGUGCGCACAGCGCGGGGCGACGUGCUGGAGGUGGCCGUGGGGACCGGCCGCUGUUUCGAGGCGCUGGAGAGCGGGGGCGAGGUACGCAGCUACACUGGCGUCGACGUGGUGGAGGCGAUGCUGGAGGUCGCUCGCCCCAAGCUCGGGGCCCUGCCGUUUCCGGCCCGCGUGCUCCGGGCCGACGCCCACCGGCUGCCCUUUCCGGACGCGUCCUUCGACACAGUGGUCGGGACCCUGUCCCUCUGCUCGUUGGAGCGGCCCUCCGUGGCGCUGGAGGAGAUGGCACGGGUCUGCAGACCAACGGGGAGGUGCUGCUGGUGGAAUCCGGCGUGUCGAGCAACCUGAUGGUGCGCUUGUGCCAGCAGUACCUGGGCCUUCUCCCGGACCCGAAGCACGCGUGGGAGAUGGGCUACUUCUCAUGGCCCGACUCUCCACUACCACCGCCGUUGGAGACGGCUGAUCCUUCUAGACCUCGACGGUUUAGAGCGCGCGCUGGGUGCCGUUGCGCCGCUCCAUUGCGCCCAGCGCGCACCGAAGUCGCCCGAGGUCUGGGAGGAUCGAGCUCGGAUUCGGCCCUCCUUGGGCUCGGGUGGCCGCCCCGGCCUCGAGCCCGAAGGCGCCGUCGGCGCCUUCGAGUUUGAGGUGUGCCCGGCCAUCCGUCUGGGAUGCGCAGCACUC